AUGGAAAUUCUAACGCAGUCUCAAGUACACGGCCUGACCACCCCCACGACGGCUGCCCGCAAGAAAGAUGCCGAAGCGAAGGAAAAUCUCUGGUCAUCCAUCCUGAGCGAGGUGCAAACACAGAGCAACACUAAACUCCCGUCGAACAAAUCGGUGCUGGUGCUGGGUGACAAUGCCAGCGGCAAGACUACUCUCAUCGCCAAACUGCAGGGCGUUGAAGAUCCGAAGAAGGGUUCCGGUCUGGAGUAUGCCUACAUCGAUGUACGGGACGAGUAUCGAGAUGAUGUUACGCGCCUGAGCGUGUGGAUUCUGGACGGCGAUCCGGGUCAUAACAAUCUGCUCAAGUACGCCCUAAACGAACCGAAUUUCCCGCACACACUGGUCAUCUUGACCCUAUCUAUGACGACACCGUGGAGCUGGGUAGACCAACUUCAGCACUGGAUGAAGAUACUGGACGAUCAUAUCGCCGGGCUAAGAAUCGAUCCAGAAGAAAAACAACAGUGUCAGGCACGGUUGUCGACCGAAUGGCAGAACUACUGUGAAACGAUUGACGAUCUCGAUCCCGGCUCUCCGAUCAAGCGUACCAAUCGGCUUCCAUCUGUGGACGACGAACUGGAUGCGCUGCCUUUGCCGGAGGGAGUCCUAACCACCAAUCUCGGCCUUGACGUAGUAGUUGUCGUCACAAAGACCGAUUACAUGACGACGCUGGAGAAAGAGCUCGAUUAUAGAGAUGAGCACUUUGACUUCAUGCAGCAGUGGAUUCGUCGGUUUUGCCUGAUGUAUGGUGCCUCGCUCUUCUAUACUAGUGUGAAAGAGGACAAGAACUGCGAUUUGCUGUAUAAAUACCUCACGCACCGAAUCUACGGUUUACCAUUCCGGACACCCGCCCUAGUCGUUGAAAAGGAUGCGGUGCUAAUUCCGGCUGGCUGGGAUAACACAAAAAAGAUUAGCAUAUUGUACGAGAACAUGCAGUCCUGCAAGCCGGACGAUUACUACAACGACAUCAUUGCACAACCACCAUCGAGAAAGACUGUAUCGAACCGAGAAAGCGAGAUUCAGACAGAAGACGAACAGGCUUUCCUUGCCCGCCAACAGCAGCUACUCCAGCAAGGUCAGACACCGGCGAGAGGCGAAUCGCCGUUACGCACGCAACCGGGCAGUAAUGGCAACAAGAGCGCCCAACGUACCCCGGUGGCUGCCGGAGCCCAGGGAUCACCAAAGAAGGUCGACGGAAAGCUAACUCCCGGCACUCAGAGCGGUGAGGGUGUUCUGGCGAACUUCUUCAACUCCCUGCUGCACAAGAAAUCUGUUACACCUGGGUCGGCCGCGGCUGCAGCUGCAGCAGGCGGUGUUGCAGGUACGGGUCCGCUCGGUGCGACCUCCUCACCGUCGUCACUGUCCCCACGAGUCGUGAAUGGGACCAACGUCGGUGAUCUGGUGUCGGUCAGCGAUAAGAUUAGCAUGCGCACGGAUGCCGCCCUCGAACUGGACCGUCUCGCACGGAGCGUCAAGAAGGAUCUCGACUUUUCGGCAGCACAGUCCGACUGUUGAAGCGGUAGAAUGGUGAUAGAGGCACACACUCC